UUCUCUCUUUCUUUCCUCUCACACCAAAAAACCUUUUCCAUUCCUAGAAUUUUCUCCUACUCCAUCACCACCACCAUAGCUCUCUCUAUGAUUUUCGUUUUUUCUUGAAAAACAGAAAAAGCCCAUUUUUUAAAAGCUAAGGAAACAAUACAACGUUGAAUUUUCUCUCAGAAGGAAAAAUUUAGCAAGGUGAAGCUGGUUUAACAUGGAAGGAGAGACUCAAGUCAGUUCAGAUGUUCCAGUUGUGAAGGUUGACACUGAUGUUGCUGAUCCUAUUAAGGUAACAAAUGGAGACUUGCCGCAAGUAGAGAAGGAAGGAAAAAAAGAAGAGGAUGAAACUGAUGGAGAAUUCAUCAAAGUCGAGAAGGAAUCGCUAGAUGUGAAGGAUGGCUCUCAUACAGCUGAGGCGCAAUCUGUUGUGGAGGCUGACAAGCCAUCUGUUGUGGAAAGAAGUUUAAGUGGUUCGGCCAGAGAAUUGCUGGAGGCGCAAGAGAAGAUGAAGGAACUUGAAAUCGAAUUGGAAAGAGUAGCGGCAGCAUUAAAGCACUCUGAAUCUGAGAAUGCACAGAUGAAGGAUGAGGUCUUGCUUGUCAAUGAGAAGUUGGAUGAAAGUGGAAAGAAGUAUGAGGAGCUUGAAAUCAGUCACAAGAAAGUGAAAGAGCAGAUAAUUGAAGCUGAGGAGAAAUACAGUGCACAGCUCAACUCUUUGCAAGAAGCUCUACAAGCACAAGAAACCAAGCAUAAGGAAUUGGUUGAGGUCAAGGAAUCAUUUGAUGGCAUCACCCUUGAGCUCGAGAAUUCGAGAAAGAAGAUGAAAGAGUUGGAACAUGAGCUGGAAGUAUCUUCUGGUGAGACUAAGAAGUUUGAGGAGCUGCACAAAGAAAGUGGUUCACAUGCUGAAUCCGAAACGCAGAGGGCCUUGGAAUUUGAAAGGCUGCUUGAGGCGGCAAAACAGAGUGCAAAAGAAAUGGAAGAUCAGAUGGCUUCUCUUCAGGAGGAGGUCAAGGGCCUGUACGAGAAGGUUUCAGAGAAUCAGAAAGUUGAAGAGGCACUUAAGAGCACUACAGCAGAACUUUCAGCAGCUAAUGAAGAGUUGGCUGCUUCAAAAUCACAGCUGCUGGAAAUAGAGCAAAGACUUUCUUCAAAGGAGGCUCUUAUCAUCGAAAUAACCCAGGAAUUGGACCUCAAGAAAGCCUCUGAAUCUCAGGUGAAGGAAGAUGUUUCAGCUCUUGAGAAUUUGCUCACUGCAACAAAAGAAGAUCUUCAAGCAAAGGUUUCCGAGUUGGAAGGGAUCAAGCUGAAGUUACAGGAGGAAAUCAACAAAAGGGAAUCAGUUGAGGCUGGGUUAAAAACCCAUGAAGCACAGGUCUCAACUGUACAGGAAGAAUUGGCUAAAGUAAUAAAAGAAAAGGAAGCUCUAGAAGCAGCCAUGGCGGAUCUCACUGGUAAUGCAGCACAGAUGAAAGAGUUGUGCAGUGAACUUGAGGAAAAGUUGAAAACUUCAGAUGAUAAUUUCUGCAAAGCAGAUUCUCUUUUGUCCCAAGCUUUGUCAAACAUUGCCGAGCUAGAACAGAAGCUGAAGUCUCUUGAAGAUCUCCACAAUGAAUCUGGAGCUGCUGCAGCAACUGCCUCUCAAAAGAACCUGGUGCUAGAGGAUUUAAUCCAAGCGUCAAAUGAAGCAGCAGAAGAGGCCAAGUCACAACUGAGAGAGCUCGAGGCACGUUUUACUGCAUCAGAGCAGAAGAAUGUGGAGCUUGAGCAACAGUUGAAUUUGGUUGAACUGAAAAGCAGUGAUGCUGAGAGAGAGGUGAGGGAAUUCUCAGAGAAAAUAUCUGAACUCAGUACUGCAUUGAAAGAGGUAGAGGAAGAAAAGAAACAGUUGAGUAGCCAGAUGGAGGAAUACCAAGAAAAGAUUAGCCACCUUGAAUCUUCCCUGAAUCAUUCAUCGUCUCGGAAUUCAGAGCUUGAGGAAGAGUUGAGAAUUGCAGAAGAAAAAUGUGCUGAGCAUGAGGACCGAGCAAAUAUGCACCACCAGCGCAGCCUUGAACUUGAAGAUUCAUUCCAGACAUCUCAUUCCAAAGCAGAGGAUGCUGGGAAAAAGGCAAAUGAGUUGGAGUUGCUGCUUGAAGCAGAAAAAUACAGAAUCAAGGAGCUUGAAGAGCAGAACAGUGCAUUAGAAAAGAAAUGUAUGGAUGCAGAAGCAGAUUCCAAUAAAUACUCUGGCAGGAUAUCUGAACUAGCAUCUGAAAUUGAGGCAUAUCAAGCCAAGUCAUCAAGCCUUGAAGUUGCUCUGCAGAUUGCUGGGGAGAAGGAGAAAGAGCUAACAGAAUUACUGAAUUUGUUCACAAAUGAAAAGAAAACGUUAGAAGAGGCAUCAAGCAGUUCCAAUGAGAAGCUGACUGAAGCUGAGAAUCUUAUUGGGGUGUUGCGUAAUGAACUAGUCGUGAUGCAAGAGAGGUUCGAAAGCAUUGAAAACGAUCUAAAGGCUGCUGGAUUGAAAGAAGGUGAUAUAAUGGUGAAGCUCAAAUCUGCAGAGGAGCAACUUGAGCAACAAGAAAAAUUAUUAGAGGAAGCCACUACAAGAAGGUCAGAGCUCGAGUCAUUACACGAAACCCUAACAAGGGACUCAGAAAUCAAACUUCAAGAAGCAUUAGCAAACUUCACUAACAGGGAUUCUGAGGCAAAAUCCUUGUUUGAGAAACUGAAUACCCUUGAAGACCAAGUAAAGACCUAUGAAGAGCUGAUAGCUGAAACAACUGGAAGGUCUGCACUUGUGAAGGAAGAAUUGGACUUGUGUGUGUUAAAAAUGGCAACUUUGGAAACCUCAAAUGAAGAACUCAAAAGUCAGAUUGUGGAAGCAGAAACUAAGGUUUCCAACUCCUUCUCAGAGAAUGAACUCUUAGUUGAGACAAACAAUCAGCUGAAAAGCAAGAUCGAUGAACUUCAGGAUUUGCUAAACUCUGCCAUUUCUGAGAAGGAAGCCACAUCUCAACAACUUGUUUCGCAUGUGAGCACUAUCACAGAAAUAACAGACAAACACUCAAGAGCCAUAGAACUUCAUUCUGCAACUGAGUCACGAAUGGUGCAAGCUGAAGCGCAACUACAAGAGGCCAUUCAGAGCCUCGCACUGAGGGAUACAGAAACAAAGGAUUUGAAUGAGAAGCUAAAUGCACUUGAAGGGCAUAUAAAAUUGAACGAAGAACUGGCUCAUCAAGGAGCUGCAAUUUCUGAAUCUCGUAAAGUUGAGCUGGAAGAGAGUCUCCUCAAAAUUAAACAUCUGGAAACCGUUGUAGAGGAACUGCAAACCAAGGCAGGUCACUAUGAAAAAGAGAGUGGAGGGCUAGCUGAGGCGAAUUUGAAGCUCACUCAGGAGCUGGCCUCAUAUGAGUCCAAACUCGGUGAUUUGGAGGCAAAAUUAUCUGCAAUCCUUUCUGAGAAGGAUGAAACAGUUGAGCAGCUUCACAUUUCAAAGAAGGCCGUUGAGGAUUUGAGGCAGCAGCUCUCUGAUGAAAGGCAGAAACUACAGUCUCAGAUAUCUUCAGUUAUGGAAGAGAACAACCUCCUCAAUGAAACAUAUCAAAAUGGAAAGAAAGAACUUCAAUCAGUGAUCAUCCAGCUUGAAGAAGAACUGAUGGGACAGAAGGCGAAUGAAGAUGCCUUGAAAUCUGAGAUUGAAAGUCUCAAGGCUGAGGUUGCUGAGAAGUUGGCAUUGCAAACUUCUCUUGAGGAACUUAAGAAACAAUUGGCGGCAGCUGAAGCUCAACUAAAAGAACAGAAAGAAGCAGAUUCUCACAAUCAGCUGGAAAAAGAUGAAGCACAGAAGAAAUCCCUUGAAGCCAAGAACAAAGAAGUGUCACAUCUAGAGAACCAAGUGAAGGAACUUGAACAGAAACUGCAAGUGGCUGGCGCUAAAUUAUUAGAAAAGGGUGAUGGAAGCAGUCCGGCUGAACAUAAAGAUGGAUUGGAGAUUAAAUCCAGAGACAUUGGUGCAGUCAUUUCCACUCCCACAAAAAGAAAGAGCAAGAAAAAGUUAGAAGCUGCAUCUGCACAAGCCUCAUCCUCUUCUCAGACUCAUACUCAAACUGCAGAUGUUUCGCCUGCCAUGACCUUUAAAAUCAUCUUGGGAGUGGCCUUGGUAUCUAUCAUCAUUGGCGUGUAUCUUGGAAAGCGUUAUUAGUUUCGGCAUUUUGGAUUUCGGUUUUGCUCUAUGUUUCAGGUUUUUUUUGGCCCUUCUUUGUUUUAAUUUUUUUUAAUUCGUUGUUUCAUACCAGUCGAUACACGAGGUUGGAAGCUGUAUUAGUAUGCUUUCUAGCUUAGGUUUUUGAGUCGGUUAGGGAAUUUGUUUUUCAUUAUUGCCCCUUGCCUCAAUGCGCUAGACAAAAGAAGUGUUCAAUUCAUGUAAUAUUCAAGUUUGCAUUAAUUGGUUUAUUGAUUGGAUUGCAA